AUGGCAGCGUUCGUCGCUUCAAACGCUAUUCUACCCAGGCAAGAGGGGAUAACUCUAUCGACAAACUCACAAUCAGAUAUAGGCGCCACCUCUCUCACAUCAGUUACACCAACAACUACAAGUUCAUUCUCCAGCACCUUGUCUUCUGUUAACACUGGAACAAAUGGAUCGACAAUCUCGUCUCUUUCUACUACUUCAUCUACAGUUACAGUCGUUUCAACGUCGCUCGCAACUGCCAUGACAUCAGAAUCGGCGUCUUCGACAGAAUCUCCUACUGGGCCGUCCUCAGGGAUCUCGGCAGGCGCCGUUGCCGGCGCCGCCAUCGGUUGUCUUGGUGCAGGGCUCGCCAUUGGCGCUCUCGUUGCCUUCCUCCUCCUCCGCUGGAGGUUGCGGAAGAACGGGAGCCGCUUCUGGCGGCGCUCCCAGGCCACUGAACCGAAGGCUUUCGGAUCUCUCCACUCGGGAAACCAUGGCAACAACGAUGUCCAGCUGAGCCAGUUCCUCCUCGACGCGGUCCCGGAUAAGGAGAUUGCGAGCGAGCUUCAGUCUCUCGGCGAGCUCAUCCACCAACACGUUGAGAACCACUACCACUUGAGGCCGGUGCAGGCUAGCGCGCAGUCGCUCGCCCCGAGUCUCUCGAUCCUAGGACUGGGAGCCCUUUCCGAGCUGGACACCAAGCAAAUCGCCGCGCUCUCGAUCGACCCAAAGACGCGGCAGACUGCGCUCCAGCAUGUCAUCUCUCUCGUGGUGGUCGCCAGCAUUGACUUCAACUCGCGGAGCCGUUUCUCGGUGCUGCCAACACCAGUGGCCGGCUUCCUGCAGUCGGUCCCGCCGGUCGAGCCCGCAGGCGGCGACAAAAAUGCAACUUCACUCGCACUUUCGAAAUGGCGCACCUUGUCGGCAUUCCUCCUUCAGCCCAGUCGAAGUCAGCGGACUCCCCUCGCUCCAGUCGAGUCGGAGGUGUCUCCCAAGGCGCACAAUCUCGCCACCGCCCUCAACGAAUUCGUCCAUCACUUCGUCCCGAUGGACCAAGCGAGCCGCCUUCAGCAGCUGGAACACCUGCAGGCAGUCAUUCUGGAAUUCACGAGGCUCGGCUACGAGAUCCUGUCCCAACCUGGUGACUGGCACUUCACGUAUGGGGCGGACGAUGCAGAUGCGGUGGGUGUCCAACCCGUCGUGGUGUGUCCGGGUGUAGACAAGCUCAGUAGAAAGGAUGGGAGGGUCUACAACCCUCCCCGUCAGGUGGUUGCCCCCCUCGUGGCACAGUUGCCGUAUCGACGCCGAUGA